AUGUCAGAGUCCAUGAGGAGGAAAAGCUCCAGCAGACAGCUCCUGCAGAACCUCAUCAGGUGAGAGACGCAGCCGCCGUUUCAUCACGGGUCGGUUUGUUUGAGUUCUGACCUGCGGGGUCACAGAUCAGGUCUGAGGUCGGAGACUAAGUCCUGAUCCUGCAGAGCCGUCCUGUUUGUUUUAAGACCUGAUGACCUUUAGUGAUGGAGAACUGAACCCCUCAGCUGACUGAUCAGAAUAAUGUUAAUGACCUUCAGGUUAAUCUAUAUUUUUAUCAAUAAUCUAAAUGUGGUUAAAAUCAGACAGAGAGGAAAUCCUUAAAGCUCUGAUACAGUCAGACUUCAAACUUCGUUAAAACAGGUGUAAGAAAACACAAAAACGAGUGGUUUAAGUUCACGCAGUUAUUCCCUCAGACUUCUUUAACGUGUUAACAUGUAGAAACAGGUCGAUUCAGGAGACACCACAGAAGAAGAGCGGGGUAUUUCAGAGCGAGGAGGAGUUCAGUUUGAACGUUAGAAAUGAGAAAAAGUUCAUUUCUUUAAUCUCAGAGAGGUGAGACUUUAGUGCAGACAGAUCAACACAAAUCACACAAAAAAAACUUCAAUCAGGCGGAAAAAAAACAACAUUUAGUGAAUAAAAUAACUUGGAAAUAAUUUAUCUGAGAAACACGACUGUUUAACGAACACUGUUCAUCGUCGUUUUUACUACACUUCUCUCUCUCUUUCUCUUUGCCCUUUUUUAACCUGUUCAAUUAAGGACUAAUAUCUUAUUUUCAUAAUAAUUGCAGAAUUAUUUUGUUAUCUUCUGUUUUGUUUUAGACUUUUUUCCUUUAACUUGUGAAUCUUUGCUCUUCUUCUCUGUUCCUCUGUGAAACUCGUCGAGCUGCGUUCAUGCAAACGUCUAAAAGCUGCUUCAUGAGAAUAAUAUCAGAUGUUUCUCACCUGGAGAGCUUCUCGAACAUCAAUAAUACAGAGGUCUUAUUACCUGUUACAUCCUGAAAACUUCACAGUUUCAUGCCAAGAGAGGAUUUAUAUUUACGCAUGGACUGAAGAAAUGUAGCUGGAUCACAGACGGUGGAGAGGAUGUGGUAACGUCUGAGCUGUCAGUCAUAUUUACAGUCUGAGUGAAACAAGAUCAUCCGAACGUGAAUCUGAAGUCUGUAAACCUCUGAUGGAGCUGAAACAGAGUCACUCAGAGGUGAAGAGGAAACCAAACUUUCCCCAGAACAUGACCAUGAGGGACACCAACAAAGACUCUGAGACACCAGACCAGAUUAACGUUUACAUACAGAGGUUAUUCUGCAGAGUCCAAACAUGUUCAGACGUCUCCAAGGAUUAGCCAACAUCUCUGAACAUCCUAAGUGUGGAUCUGUUUGAGUCAUUCGGGCCUUAAAUCGACAUUUUAGUCGUGUUUCAGUCAUAAAGAGUCAUUAAUGGUGUUGAACUCGUCUUUAAACCGUGUGUCUCUCUUAACUCUCUUAACAAACUGCGUAACACCUGGAUACUGACCAAUGCCACGCUGCUGUCCCCGCUUAUCUGUGAAGGUUCUACAGAGAAGGAUCCUCACUCCAGGUCAAACCUUCUUCUUCUUCUUCGAUAUCAUGAUUGUUUAUUUCUUUGAAGACCUUUUCGUCCAGGACUCAGCCCUAAAGUCCCUAAACCUGCAGGUUUGCUGGACAAACUUCCUGUUUGAUGCUCUCAGCUGCUUCUUCACCUUCAGUCAUUUAAAUCAUGAAGAAAAGAGGGUCGGGUUAGAUCUGGUUUCUGAGUAAACUGAGUUUUUAACGAUAAUUUAACUAAAAAUCAGACUGAGUUUGGUUCAUGAGCCGACAUCAGGAAAAGUUUUUAAAGAGAAAAUGAGGAGGAACCUCAGAGGCAGAGAGAGAAGAACACAAUGAACUGGACUGAAUGAAGUCGCCCCCUGCUGGCCAUCAUUAAACCAGCCUUCUCUAAGCUGUGUCACUCAGUACGUUUACAUGACACUUGAGAAAACCGAAUUAUCGCCUUACUCCGAUUAAGACCGGACAACUGAACACCUGGUCUGACACCUUAGUCCGACUAUAAUCAGAGUUUAAGAACUCUGAUUAAGACACACAGAUAAUGAGAUUAGAAUUUGAUUUUCUCUACCAUGUAACCAGCGUAGUCGGAGUAUGACGCCACGCCCCCGUAACCCCGGACCAAAACCCCCAGAGUAGAGGAGUAGCGUUGGUCUCAUCUUUAGAAAAAGUAGCGCGUCCAUCAUGUCGGACAAAAACAACGCCGUACGAUGCUCCAUCUUCUUGUUUCUCCAAAAUGCCCAGCAGCAGUUGUAGACACUUCUGACGUCUGACACCGACCUGCUGUUGUUGUUGACGGUUGUAACAGACCCAUAUCGCCCCCUAGUGUUGGGGAGGAGGACACGUUCAUGUCAAUAAUGUGCAUGUAAACGUACGGACUGAAUUUGUAUGAAUGGAUGAGUUUUUCGGUGGAGUCGCCCCCUGCUGGCCGUUGUAAAACCAGCCUCUCUGAGCCGUGUCUCUGUGGUGCUCUGCAGGAUCUUUCUGAGGUCCCAGUUUGAGGUUCUGAUGGACGUGUGAUAAACAGCAGCGGAUGAGGCUCAUCUCCGCUCUUGUUUUCAGUCAUGGCGUCCGUCCUCAGAGCGCCGCUCUUCGUUGUCAGUGAGGUUCUUGUUUCUUCUCGGAUCGCUGGAACAUUUCUGCGUGACCUCACCGAAUAUGACACCGAGCUCCGGGUUCAAUGGCGUCUUUUAUGGCCGUAACUUCCUUAACGACCAUGACCUCAUCUGGCUGAGUCCUGAACCCCCUCCUGAUCUCACACACACACACACACACACACGCACACACACACACACACAGGCCUCCAUUGCCUCAUUGUGUAAAUGGUGGAAAAAGUGAUGUGUGUAUCAGGCUGACUUCCUCCAUCAGUUUCUCUGUUCUCGUCUGCGCCCCACGGCGCGGCGGUAAAUCUCUGAAUCUGGAGUCACCUGUCCUACAGAGACCGUCGCUGCAGUCGCCAUGGUGAUUAAUGUACAUCAGCUUUACUCUGGGAUUUCCUACACUUCCCAUAAUGCCGUUUGGAGGGCUUAAUUGAUCACAGCUGUGAGUUUUAGGUGCAGUUUGUCAUCACCGAGAUAUUUACGGCGCCCUUAACCCUCCGUUCCUGUUCAUUUGAAGCUCCGCCGACUUUGUCCCCAAAACGGACGUGCAGAGAAGUGAUCAUAAAAUAAUCCUUUUUUAACAGUUUUUCUUACUUUACUUUAACUUUAGAGGGUUUCUGAAGGUUCAGUUUAGGAUAAUUGGAAGAUCGGACUUUAGUUAAAAUGUUAAUGAGACUUUUGAUCUGAACUCUUCCAACAACAUUUUAGCGGGAAACUGUCGAUUAGUGCAAACAUGACUGACACAUUUAGAGUUUCACUGAAUGAGUUCUCCUAAUUAUCUAAAGACUGAAAUAAACAGAUUUCAGUGGUUAGAUAAUCGAUAAAAGAUGAUAUUUCACUGAAUUAGUGCAAAAGCAACAAAUCAGAUGUUGUUACUGUCUCAUUAUCUUAACUUUUAACAGAUUCGUUUCAGUCUAGGUAUAAAAAAAGGACUUUCUUAGAGACUGAAAGAGGAACUUCAACAGUUUCAGAUUUAAGGUCCUAAAUGAAUAAAAAUCAAACUCUGACAUCCUUUUGGGAAAUCGUGGACGUAUGUUUCAAAGAGCGACCGCCCAGCAGCGAUUAACCCAGCAGUCUUCUCAGCGUCGACGGUCUGGAGAUGCUCAAGAGCUCCUGGGUAGUUUCCUCAUCACUGAAGGAUCCUUGAUGCUGAUGUUCUAAACAGGAUCAGGAUCUUCAUUUGUCAAGAGGAAGAUUUCAAACCGCUCAUAUCUUUGCCUCUCUCUUCUUCAGUUUGGUUGUUGUCUGUGUUUUUAACAUCCCUCUCUCGUCUCUGUUUCUCGCUCUCAUAAUAUUUUUUAAAGUAUCCUGAUUAUUCUUAGUCAACACUGUUGGAUAAAACAAACAUGAUUUUUCAUAUUAAACAACAUGAGGAGGUUAACCUUAGACAGGAGGAUCUUCUGUCUGACACGUUCACCAGAUUUGAUCGUUGCUGUCGAGGAGAUUGGACUAAAAAAAACUGAGUAUUUGAAGUCAAAUCUGCACGGGGCCUCCAUAUUUUUGAGAUUUGUUACACAUCGGCUUCGGCCUGUUUGAUAACCAGAAAAACUCAUCAGAGGAGCUUUAAAGAAAUGUGAACCCCCGGCCUGGUCCAGAUCCCCGGUCUGGUCCUGAGAGGAGUUCCCGUUCUGUCUUCUUGUUGCGUUUCAGGCAGAAAUGAUCAAAUCCAGACGACCGUCGGUCAGAUCCCCAGAUGACCCAAAACUAAAACCCAGCAGCCUUAACAGCCUCAUAUAUCUCACAUCUAACUGAUCUAAGACUCGCUCAGGCCAACAUGAUCUCAUGUCGGUCACAUAAUCAGACCGCAGCCUGUUGGACUCGCCGCGCUCAUGGAACGGCGUCCUCAACGACAGGCGAGGUCGACCCGGCGUCCACAUCAGCCUUUAUAACCGAGUUUCCUUUGAUUCGCUCGUCCGAACCUUUGAUGGUUCGACAUGUCGGGAACAGGAAUCACGAUCAGUUAAAGGGACAGUCCGCAUGUUUUAUGUGUUUCUUAAUGGAAACCAACAAGCUCAAGGUUUUGUUCUGUUUUUCACUCCGAGCUGCAGCUGCAGAGACGAGACUGAAUCCACGAUCUGCAGAUUUUAUUCUCAAGUUUAUCAUGUGAGGCUCCGAGUGUUCAGGGUAAAGUUAUGUUGUUUAAGACUUGAAUGUCGAGGUUAAAGUGCUGUUAUUGUUUAAAUGAAGUUCAGAGUUUUGGAGGAAGUAAACUUUGAUUGUUUUUUUUAUCUAAUUAAGUUUGAUGAUCGUGUUUGAAAAGCUCGUGAGACGUUUUUUUCUGGUCCAGUCUGGUAUUUUUAGUAACGGCACCGCUCUCUCUGUGAUCUCCGACUUUGGUCAAAAUAAAUCAUCACGACCAAACCUCCAGAAUCGAACCCGAGCCGUAAACUCUAAUUAUCGUUUCAAACCAAUGACAUCAGCUGGAGGAGAAACUGUUUGUACCCAAUAACAGGUGCUCUCCGGAGAUUUACGUCCAAUCCCACGGCUGACUGAAACUUUCCAAACGCCGCCUUUACUCCAGACUCUCUGCAGACCUCCAUGAGGAGAUGGAGCUCCGGCCAGGCUGGAUUAAGGUCUCCCUCCCUCCCUCCCCUCCCUCUUUCUUUGUCUCCCUGCAGAGAGUUAAAUUAAGUGAAAGAGCUCAGCAGCUGGCUCCAGCUCUGCCAGAUGUGCUUGGACAAUAAAAAGACUUAUUGUUAUCAGGCCCCGCCCACUGGAAGCUCAGACUGAUGGGACAAAAGACCUGAAUGAGUUUUCUGUGAGACUGCAGAGCUCAUGUUUUCCACAUCAUGUUAAGAUUCAAUUACUGUACCUGAAAAAAACAAAAACAGACGUCAGCUUUUCCAUGGAUCCUCUCAGCUGUUCCUGCAAACAAGAAACAAAGAGGAAACGUGACUCAGAGUGUGAUCUAGAUCUGCAUUUCUACGCCUGAGUUUCAGGCCCUUCGUCUGUAACUUCAAACAUUUUCAUUUCCUACUAUUUAAGACAGUAACGAGGUUAAAACUUUGUCUUGUUUACCACCUUCUGCUGGAUGUUGCCUGUCUGUACCUGUUACAUAAAGCGACCAUAAAGAGGGUGUAUUCUCCGAUUUUACUUUUUUUUGACUCUGUAACUGAAACGCCGUGAACUCGGGUGUGACGUCAUUUUCAGCUCGAACUUCUGACCUCCGAGGAAACUCGAACGCAGAGAUGACUGGAGCUUUAAAUUCCCAAACGUCAGUGUCCGCGACAGUUAAUAGAUAAACGUCAUAUUCUUUGCACACUUGUUUACGUCAGGCAGCGGACGGCACGAGAUAUUUUUUUUCAUAGGAUGGAAAGGGAAGGUCCCGCCCCCUUCGCCACUGAUUGGCUAUGAAACGUCAUCACACACUCAAGCCGAGUGCGGGCUGUCGGCUCUGUACGUCGAACAGAACAUUAAAGAACAUUAUCGCAAUUCUGAAUCUCUUAACCCUACAGACGAUGACGUUUCACAGCCAUAAGGGAUAACCAAUCGGAACCCAGCACUUCUAGCCAAUCAGAGGCAAAGGAGGGCGGGACCUUCUGGAGUUUUAAAUUCCCAAACGCCGUCGUCCACGACAAGUAAUGGAUAAACAUGAUAUACUCUGCGCUCUUGUUUACGUCAGACAGCGGACGGGACAUAUUUAUACAGAAUAUAUAUUUUUGUGAAGAGCGAAGGAGAAGGAGCGCUUCGUCGUCUGAAAAUAAUCUUUCCUCCACCUUUCUUGUGUCUAUUCACACGGACAAACUACAGAGCGCCAUGUUUCAUGUUUGGGGAAAUGACGAAGCUUUCUCUGAUUGGAUAGAAUGAUCUAACUUUUUGGCAAAUAUGACCAGCUCCAGAUCUGUCAUGCUAAUAACUGCGGUCAAUCGCACAUUUAUGCGGUUUUACUUGAAAUCAAUGAUGUGUGUACGUGACUGUUUUUUAAAUGAAGGAGUUGGAUAUUCGUUUAUUAAAAUACUGACUACGUGUGAACGAGGCCUCAGUCUCUGAACUCUGGAGGUUUCAGCUGGUGUGUGAAAACAGCUCUGACUUCACCCUCAGGAUGAAUCUUUAUCAUCCAACAUCGUUUUAAACCCUUUAAUGCUGUUGUGUCUAAAAAGGAACAAAUCCACACAAAUUCCAACAUCUGCUGGAAAAACUGAGAGCAGAGGAGUGGAGGUUGUUGUAGCUGCAGAUUUCUGAAAUGACGUGUUUGAUAAUCACAUAUGUGUGUAAUAUAAGCGUAUCAACGUCCAGCCGUGUAGACACAUGGAGAGGGGAACUAUGAUGUUUGACAAUGUCAGUGUUCAGUGGAGAGUGUGUUUGUUAAGGUGUAGAAAUGCGCUGAAACCCAGUCUGUGUCCAUGAUGGUUUCAGGGUGACGGCCCAGAGGAGUCAGGAGGAUGCUGAGGAGGUGGAGCGUGAGCGAAGAAGGAGAGCCAGAGAGAGGCAGCGAGGAGAGGAGGGUCCGUCCUGGCCGGAGCCCCCCCAACAUCAUGAGCUCCCACACGACACAGAGUGAGUAUGAGGAAGGACGCUUACACCGCCAAUCCAAGAAGAAGAAGAAGAAGAAGAGCUGUGUCUCUGUUCAUCUGUGAAUUCUUCUGAUAGUGUAACAGCUGAUAACAGCUGACCUGGACUCACCCCCGCUGACAGGCUCCGGUUUUAUCUCCUCAGCUCACUAGUUAAGGUUUUAUAUUUCCUUUGUUUAAGUGAGACAUUCCUGCUCACAGCCAAGAAAUAGUCCACACCACAUCACACCUUAUAAAACCACAACGUGUCCUUUUAACACGUCGGUUUAUGAAGUCAUUUAACAAACAAGAGACCACGAGUCGGCACACGAGGGUGAGGAGUUUCCACGUGUCUUUGGUUUUAUUUAAACCAACUUUAAUUACAUCUCAGUUCCUUUAGCAGUCCAGGUUCAUGUUUACAUCUGUGUUUCUCUUCACACGCUUCAGUUUUCGCCUGUUUGUGUCACAGAAAAUGGUUUUAGACGUGAGUUUGAGUCCAUGCAGUGAUUUCCACUGCAGAGUCGAGUCUGUUUUCAUCUUUAUACGCUCACUGAGGACCCGGAGAUCUACCUGGAAAUCUACAAAUUUCCUGCUCAGGAACUUUAUCCGACGGUCUCUGAGCUGUUUCCUCUCCUCACAGAGUGGGACUUUUUCCACCUUCGUGUCACUAACCUAGGGAUGGGAAUUGAUAAGAUUUUAUCGAUAUCGAAGCCAUUAUCGAUUCUACUUAUUGAACAGAUUCUUUAACAGGUCCCUCAUCUUUGAUUUAAAAAAAAUAGAUUAUAGGUUUUCACCGUUAACUCCAAAUCUUAUUGAGUCUUGGAUAUCAGAAAAAGAUGAACGCACCUUCAGUGAGAGUCUAAAAAUAAUCACACAUCAUUUACUUCAGUCAGUGUUGAGUCAAACACAUAAUACAUUGUUAAGUCUGGUAUGUUAACACGGGACAUACGUACCUUCAUGCUGCGCUGAGACGGAGCAGCAGCAGCUGAUGACCGGUGGAGAACAUCGAAUACAUGUGACUCCUUAGAUUUGAUUCUGUGCCCCGUUGACAAAUGUUGAAGCGUGUUUCUGCUGUUUCCAUCUUUCUAUGUUAUCACUGCUUAACAAAUUUUCAUGCUAUCGUCUUUCUUAGUAAAAUUAAGUCACACUUUCGAUCAGUUCUCCUGACUUUUGUACCGUACGCCAUGUUUUUUUCCUCAAAGUCUCUGUUCCCGUUCUUGUAGACUGGCUCUCGCAAAACCAUUUUCCAACGCACCUGGUAUAAAGGAAUCAUUAAGGGGACUAGUAAGAUAAAAUGUAAACGAUGUCGAUGGAUGGAACCAUCUGAAGCCGGUUCUCAACAUGAACCCAUCCCUACACUAACUUGUGGCCAAUGAACCGUAUUAGUUUAUAUUUCUUCAGGUGUUUUUUUCAGGAUGAAGCACCAACAGUUUUAAAUCAUGUCCCUGUUUAACAAACACAGACUGUAUUUUUAUGAAUCGAUCAGGUUUAGUGAUUGAUUUGCUGUUUUUGCUCUUUUUUAAUUAAACUAAACCUCAGUCUUGUAUUUAGGAGUCAUAGUAUUUUAAUUUGUUUGUCCGACUCUAAACCUGUCGAGGGCCGAGUCUCCUGAACCUGCGGUGGUGAUGAUGAUGAUGAAGAUGAUGAUGAUGAUGAUGAAGAUGAUGAUGACGAUGACGACAGGGGAAAAGACUUGUUUGUUUAAUCAGACCGGUGCUGCUGCUGCAGCUGAGGAGCUGACAGAGCUGUUUCUGCUCGACUUCUCCAGGAUGUGAUGAGGGGGAAAAUUUCUCAUCAUUAUCUGAGACUGAGCAGCUGAUCGGACUGGUUUACAGCUGACCGGACUGGUUUAUGAUCAGACUGGUUUACAGCUGAUCAGACUGGUUUAUGAUCAGACUGGUUUUAUAAAAUAAUGACCCUCCUCCAGUUUAACAUCUAGAAGAACAACAACAUCUUCAGUCUCACAGCAGCCGUCAGCUGAUCUAUCAGGAGUUUCACUCUGCUGGUUUGAGCCACAGUGCUGUUCUGUUUAUCGUCUCCAUGGAUACCGUCUCUGUCUCCAUGGAGCCGUCUGCCACCUGCUACCUGCUGCCCCCCCCCAUCAGAAACCUUUGGAGACUCUUGAUGUUCUUCUGGAUCCAGUCCAAACCGUCAUGGAUCCGUCCCUGUUACCUUUCUACCUCGUCUCUCUCACACAUGUUGGUUUUUGAGCUUCAUAUUGAACAUCAGCUCCAGAUGAAGGCGGUCAGCAUGGAUCCAGAAGCUCUUCAGGUAAAGUGCUGCGUGUCCGAGGAGGACCUGAGUCCUCCAAGUGAACAAGAACAUGUGAAGACCAGGGUCUGUUGUACCACAUCUGCAUGUCUUUACACUCAAAGCCUCCAGUGAUGGUCUCGGACGUCUCGUCCUCUAUAAUCAUCGUUGUCAUUAUUGUCCUCUUGGUCUCAGGUUGGACGAGGAGCUGAAGCCCAGCUGCUGUUCGGUCCUGGAGGAGGACGAGGGCUUCAGCGACUGGAGCCACAGACUGGAGAACCGCAGUACUGAUCAGGAGGUGCCAGAGGACUGCAGGACCAGGGUGCAGAGAUCUUCAACCUCACAGUGGAAACCAGAACCUGCAGUGGAGAAACAGCAGGACCAGGAAGAAGGGUGUCAUCUACAGCAGAGCCACUGUCCCCCAGAGGCUCCUACAAGACCCUCAGAGAAGGUACACCAGUGUCAGGACAUUAACACUUAAAGGGAUAUUCCGGCGUUAAAUUAAUUAUUGUUAAUUAGAUAUUGAUAUUGAUAUUAUUAACUAGAUAUUGCUGUACCUGCAAACAUCCAUGAGUUCUUACUCUUGUUUUUAGAGAAGGAAACAG